AUGGGAGCCACUCGCUGGGGGAUCUGCUCUGCAGGGAAGAUCACUCACGAUUUCCUUGUCGCCCUGAAAACUUUGCCACCUGAGGAUCACCAGGUGGUAGCCAUUGCUUCUCAGGACCUCAGCCGGGCUCAGAAAUAUGCCAAGAUCCAUGGCAUCCCCAAAGCGUAUGGGUCUUAUAAAGAACUUGCUGAAGAUCCAGAUGUGGAUAUAGUACACAUAGGGGUGGUGAAUCCCGAUCAUCUUCCCACCACCCUCCUCUUCAUCGAGGCCAAGAAGAAUGUGCUUUGCAAGAAGCCCAUGGGCAUGAAUGUGGCAGAAGUGAAGACAAUGGUGCAGGCAGCUCAGCAACACCAAUUCUUCUUUAUGGAGGGAUAUUGGACUCAUUUUUCCCCUGCUACUGAGAGAAUCUGUUCCUUGCUCAGCCAAGGUUCAGUUGGAGUUGUGAUGGUAUUUCACGCUGAAUUUGGGAGCCCACAACUCACAAUCCCUACAUGUGUGGAGAAGGAACUGGGGGGGGGGGGAGGCCUUCUGGAUAUUGGUGGCUAUUGUAUCCAGUUUGCCUGUAUGAUCUUCAAUGGAGAAGAACCAGAAUUGAUCACGGCCUCUGGGUUCCUGCAUGAUACAGGUGUGGAUAAAACUGUAUCAAUCAUUAUGAACUAUUUAGGUCAAUGUCAGGAAUAA